UAUAAUAAAUGAUGUCAACGAUCAAGCAUUUAGUGGUGCAUUGGUUUCACACCGUAUCGGCCAUCAUAUUCAUCCAUUUGGGCUCAUGUGUCACGCCGUCGCUCAUACCGGAGCUCAUUAACGACAGCCACGGCCACAGGCAGACCAACUGGACCAACACUAUCGCCUGUCCCAAACAGUGUGUCUGUUCACUACAGCUAUCUAUUUAUUCAGGAGAGUUGGUUCAGGCGGUGAACUGUUCAUUUCAGUCGAUGAACUCAAUGCCCAAAUCAAUACCACUGGACACGGAAUCGCUGGGCUUAACGUAUAAUCUAAUUGAGGAUCUCUAUGAAAAGUUCCCGGCCUUCGACCGGCUCCAGGAGCUAUACUUAUCGCACAAUCAGAUCAAUCACCUAGGUCGUGGCCAAACGUUUUACAACUUGACCCAUCUCAAAUUGCUGGACAUUUCGCAUAAUAAAUUUCGUACCCUAUUUGCGGACGUGUUUCGCGGUCUUAAGCGGCUGGAAGUGCUGGACCUGAGCAACGGUCACAUCAAGUAUAUCGAUGAACACGCCUUCGACGGCCUGGAGAUGCUUAAGGAGCUGAACAUCGAGAACAAUCAACUCUCGUCCAUAUAUUUAGAGUUGUUUCAAAGUAUACUCAAUCUUAGC